AUUUAGAGUUGCUAAAAUAUGGGUUAAAACCCAAAACACAUCAACAGUUACAUUAUUCUUUUAGAAAAAAAUAAAAUUGUAUUUCGAAAUUCACCGGUUCCCCAAAUUACAUCGUCUCAUUCUCCGGUUCCCAUUUUGAAAUCAUUCACUCACCCCCAACUUCAACCAGUUGCUGCUUCAGAGCGAGAGGAGAUAAAUUUCGAAGAUCACCUCUUUUUACCACAAAUCUAGCCAAGAUGAGUACCAUGAAGUUUUGCCGAGAAUGCAACAACAUCCUCUACCCUAGAGAAGAUAAAGACCAAAAGAUCCUCCUCUAUGCUUGCCGCAACUGCGAUCAUCAGGAGGUUGCAGAUAACAACUGUGUGUACAGAAAUGAGGUACACCAUACAGUUGGGGAGAGAACUCAAGUCUUGCAGGAUGUUGCUGCUGAUCCAACUCUUCCCCGCACUAAAGCAGUUAGAUGUGCUCAAUGUGGUCAUGGAGAAGCUGUUUUCUUCCAGGCAACUGCAAGAGGGGAAGAAGGUAUGACAUUGUUUUUCGUGUGCUGCAAUCCCAACUGUGGCCAUAGGUGGAGGGAUUGAGAGACAAGAAAUCAGGAGUUAAAACUUUUAGGAACCAAACUGAUGACUGAGUUUUGAUUGGAAAAUGUGGAUGAAAAUUUGUGACAUUUUUAAGUGUGAUCCUAAUCCUAAUGAUGACUAAUGUAUGAUUAGGAGGAAUGUGAGUUUGAAUCACUUCAUCUGUGAAAUGGUGUCGAAAAGUUAAAGUUAGUUUGCUUUAAUCAUAACUUAUUUUAGUAGAGUCUGAAUCACUUUAACCAGGUUGUGAGGAAAAUGAAAUGUGAGUGCACUAGACAAAAAUCACUAAACAACGUUUAUUUUUGGGGUUUUUUCAGCUAAAUCAUAUGAUGUGUGUUAAUAAUAAUAAUAUAUUUUUAAUUAUAAUAACGCAUGUGAACUUAAACUUUGCAAUAUGUUGUAUACUUUUUAUGU